CACAGACCAAAGGCUAUCAAAAGUGAAAAGUUUGACCGUUUGCCAAUCUCCAACAUCAACCAGUCGCUGUUCAGACUGGAAUGUUCAAUCGCUACAAUCACUGCGGAUAACGUAACUGACGAUCUGAACUAUAGCUACUGUGAAGAAUAUCAGUGGAGAGGAAUUACUGUACCUCGAACAAGAGCAUGCAGUACUGCUCGGAUAACAUGUCCGGAUCCGGAACACACUGUUGGCACAGCAACUCAAAAAUGCUGUUGCGAAACGAGUCAGUGGAUCGAGGAGCCGAAUGUCAGCAACUGCACUCAUAAGUGGACAGAGCAUGUGAAGAAGUUGAUUGAGCAACAACAGCCAGCCGAACAAAUUAGCCGACACUGGGCCGAACUGUUGAAUAAUUCAUCUGGACACGAGUAUGCUCCACGUUUUUUACAGUUUCUUAAGAAUGACUGCAUCUUGAAAUAUGGUGAAGCAGGCGAUAAAUUGCUGAGUGACGAUACAGCUUCAGUUUGGCAAACUUUAUCAAAUGAAACUCGAGUAACGAAGGCAUCCAGGUUGAUGUCCGUGCUGCAGCAGGUUGCCGUGCUGAUGGCCGAUAGUAUGACGGAAAAACACAAAAAUAUUACUUAUACAAACUGGGGUACCUAUUCCAUUUUCUAA